CCGGGUGCGCUGGGCCCGGGCAGCCGCCGUGCCAGCAGCUCUCGGCGGGACGAUGCGGAUGGCGGUCGGUGCGGCAGCGGGCGAGGGGGCAGCGCAGAGCCCCGGCCCCGCCGCCGUGUCGCUGGGCUUGAGCGUGGCCGUGGUCUCCAGCCUGGUGAACGGCUCCACCUUCGUCCUGCAGAAGAAGGGGAUCGUGCGGGCCCGCGGGCGAGGUACUUCGUACUUAACAGAUAUAGUAUGGUGGUCUGGCACUAUUGCAAUGGCUCUGGGUCAAAUAGGGAAUUUCUUGGCCUACACUGCAGUCCCAACUGUGCUAGUGACGCCCUUGGGAGCUCUUGGCGUUCCAUUUGGGUCAAUUUUAGCUUCUUACUUACUGAAAGAAAAACUGAACAUUCUUGGCAAGCUGGGAUGUUUGCUGAGCUGCGCUGGGUCUGUUGUUCUCAUCAUCCAUUCCCCGAAGUCCGAGAGUGUAACAACUCAGGCUGAGCUUGAAGAGAAGCUUACAAAUCCAGUUUUUGUGGGUUAUCUCUGCAUAGUGCUGCUUAUGCUUCUCCUGCUUAUCUUCUGGAUAGCUCCAGCUCAUGGACCUACUAAUAUCAUGGUUUACAUCAGUAUUUGUUCUCUGUUGGGCAGCUUCACAGUUCCCAGCACAAAAGGCAUUGGGCUGGCUGCUCAAGAUAUCUUUCACAAUAACCCCUCGAGUCAAAGGGCUCUGUACCUCUGUCUGGUACUCCUGGCAGUAUUAGGAUGUAGCAUUAUCAUUCAGUUCAGAUACAUCAAUAAGGCACUGGAAUGUUUCGACUCCUCUGUGUUUGGUGCCAUCUACUACGUUGUGUUUACCACCCUAGUCCUGCUGGCCUCAGCCAUCCUUUUCAGGGAAUGGAGUAAUGUAGGGGUGGUAGAUUUCUUGGGAAUGGCUUGUGGCUUCACCACAGUAUCUAUUGGAAUUGUUCUUAUACAAGUCUUCAAGGAAUUCAACUUCAAUAUCGGCGAUUUAAAUAAACCUAACAUGAAGACAGAUUAAAAUAUUUUUUUGAGGGGAAACUGGAUGGCUCAGGGAAGGAUGCAGAGCCUUUCGUUUCUAGGUCACUGAUUCAAACAUGGUUCAGGUUAGUAGUUACCCUCUAACGAUUUGGUGGCCUACAUGAAUGAAUUGGAGGCCUCCAUCCAGUUUCAAAGGAACAGUUGUCCGUGUACCCCAGUCCACACAAUAAAUGACCUUAAUUGGAACCACUGAUUGAGUCAGCAUAGAGACCGAUGUAUUUCCUUACUGUAAAAGGUAAUCCAUCAGAAAAGAUCUGGAGAUAAUCUGACAGACCUGUGUGCGACAGUUUGUAUUGUGGCUUCUGAGGUACCGUUUCUAUAGGCAGAGAACAUCAGUUUCUAAUGCACUCAAUCUGACACCUUUCAUGAGUGAUGUAUACCUUUAAAAUAUGGGGGGGGAAAAGUGAGUGGAACAAUGUGUUAAUCUCAAUAUAGCAAUGUGUUCUCCACCAAGGCUGUGAAUUCUGAGAUGAAUGUUGGUUGAACCAUAGACUGCAGAUUUGUCCUUUUUAGUGACUGUCUCAGCAACUUGGUCUGCCCUAUGGUGAAGACACUGGGGAGUUUUAAAUUGAAUUAUUUCUACAGAGCAGUGGAUCCUUAAAAAUCUUUCACUAAUUACUUAUUAGCUGAUGGUAGUGUCCAGGUAUGCAUUUUUCUUUGUAACUUACGUGCAUUAAGACAUACCGCAUUCAUCUGAGAGUUUUUAAUUGGGAGCAGAGAGAGACUGUGAAGGAUGUGGAAAUUAUGCACAGACUCAUUGCAUAUAUGGUGGCUUAUUUGUAAGCAGCUCAGAACUAUUUCAGUGCCUUUGUAAUCCGAAAAUACUGCAUAAAUGUGAAUGUAUUUGUUUCAGAUGGCCUAUACCAGUUUAAUAAUUCUAUUUCAGUGUCUAUAAUAUUGGACUGUACUCAAAUUCUAACCACAUAAAGCAUCCAGAAGGAGCCACACAUUUCUGGAAGAAUUUACAAACCUGAACUGAAACUUUUAGAUGCCUUGACAGCUUCUGAAAAACCUAUAGUCCUAAUGGGAAGAAGUAAUCAAAAUUCAGAGAGAACAGCGUGAGAUUUCUCAUGGCUCAAAAAAAAGAUGGUCUGAUCCUCUUGUAACAUGGGAAAAGGAGGUUAAAGACUGAAAAAGCAUAGACCUUCAGAGAGCUGAGCUGCAGAUAUCCAACAGGGAUAUACGUUCAGACCCACUAAUCUACUGGCCUGUGUGAACAGUUCAGCAAUAAUAUUUUGUCAAGUAGUACAAAUAGCUUAAGCUAUGACUGAAAUGAUUCUGAACUGUUUGGUUUAAACAAUUUAGAGAAUACUGAAACAGGAAAGAAAUAGUUAACUUUCAUGCUGUACUUACAAUUGGUAGUUAAAACAUCCCAAGUCAAAAACUGGUAAGGAAAGCUUGAAAAGUAACAAAUGUUUGUUUCCAUUUAAGUACAAAAAUUAAAGGGAACAGUGGAAUUCAACAUCUCUAGUUCAGAGUAUCUCCCGAAACAAAUAAAAAAAACCCAAUGCAAUUAUGAGAUAGCAUUUGAAAAAGUUCAUGACACUUUAUCAAGAAAUCAUGAAUGUAGGUUUGUCGCUGGCUGAAAGGAAUGAGGAUGUUGAUUAAUGGGGAGUAAUACUGUCCAUUCUGGUGAUAUUUUUUGUUGACCUGAAUUAAUGUUACCUUAAAACUCAGCCUCCAUUUUCAUUUAAAAGGAAUGUUACAAGCCCUUCUGAUGGCAGCAAUAAUCAUCAACAGUCAAUCCUAAAGAUUUAGUAUUCUGAAAGGACUAUUCUGAGGGAGUAACAGCCCCACUAUGUUAUUUGGAAGCUUGUUUUAUAACUCCAAAUUGAGGGGGGAAUGGCUCUGAGAUGGCAGAAAUGCACAUUGUUAUAGGCAAACACAGAAACCAGGUAUCUUACUGAAAUAAAAUAGCACUAGCAGAGAAGAAGCCAUCUUCAUGGAUUUUCAAAUAUUGUGUAUGGCUUCUAGAAAGUUUGAGAAUUGUAGGUGAGGGGAAUUGGACUAUGAAGGCUGGUUAAACUAACCUUUGUCCACUGCUGAUUGGAAGAUGCUAACUUGGUUGUCAGCAGACAGUUAUGUUUUGUCGUAUUAUUUCCCUUUUUUCUGAUUGAAACUGGAAUUGUACAUAAGUAAUGAGACCUGGAGUGAGCUAGUUUUUAAAACAAUGUUAGUCAUUUUCUGACUAAGCAGACAAGUUCUCUUUUCAAAAUUCAAAUUUAGAGUUCAUGAGUUGCAUGUUGGUUUUGUACUAGCCUUUAAUCUCUGAAGACAUCUGUGAAAAUUUUAGGUUAGAAUGGAAAUGACUGUGGUCUCAUCUUACACCUCCUUUAGCCAUAUUUGUUUGUCUUGUUUUGCUUUAAAAUUCAUUCCUAUUUAUUUAGAAAGUGCCUAUCCUCCUAUGUUAAUGUGUAUGCAAAUUAUUAGUAAAUAUUAGAUUCAAAAUAUCUUGCCUGCCCUGUCUAAACCUUGCCAUUUUCUGCACCGGACACACAUAAGUUUACUCAAUAAGCACUUACUAUGCAGAGUAAGAAUAAAGUAGCAGCCGUGUUCUGUGGUCCUCUGACCAUCCUUACAGCUGGUAGAUAUCUGCAUAGGCUCCUUCUCUUCUCCCCAGCUGCUCUGCAUCUGUGAUGAGCUUUCUAGAGAUGUCUAGUUAACCUCGUUCUUUAAAACACAGAUGUCAAAAGCCAGCACAUAAGAAAUUCUUGUGGCCUUGCACAUUAUUUAUAUCUGCAGCCUUUUACAUCAUGAAUGGUAAAUAAUGGAAACCUUUAUUUUUGCUACUUUGUUCAGUAUGUAGCAGUGUUAUUUGGAGUUCUGCUGUACCUGGAUCUGGUUCAGUACCAACUUUAGAAAUGUAUUAGCAUUUUCUGUUGUCACUGUUGGUAUGAUUCUUCUUCCCUCCAUCCCACGUCCUCCUCCUUUUAGGCGUCCUACCCUUUUUAGUCCCAUUGCUCUUCUGAUUUAAAAAGAGGCACUGUUGAAGUUGAAUUUUAGCUAUUCCCUCCUUUUUUACCCCUUUGACAAGUAAGCACUUUGAAUAAGACAGAUAUCCGAGUUCCAUCAUCUCAGGGAGCACAUGUGCAUAGUUGCCUCCUGAGCUUUGGUGUCCCUCAUGGGUCUGCCCUUUCCACAUUCUCUUUGCAUUACAUCUAUCGGUAGCUAUGAGCCAGAUGACAUCAGUUCUGAUUCCAAAGUAGAAGUGGGAGAGGCUAUGCAUACAAAAAGUGGACUCAUUACAGUGGUGGGAUGUAUUUGAAUUAAAUUCCAAUCCACAUGAAGGGUGUUUCACUCUGGAUGUCUGGCUUCUGUUCUGCUUGUCAAACUUACUUACUUGGUACUCACUUGAAGAUAGCUUUUUAAUCAUUAUCCCUUCAGUGUAUGGAGGAUUUACACAUCAGUCUCAAUCUUUAUUAGGUGUCAAACACAAGAAUCCCGCAAAUGUUCAGUAGGAGAAUAGGAACCUUUUUGAUACAACCAAAAAAAAAAGUUGUUACACCUUAAAUACUUAUGUAAAAAGGAAAAAUAUCUAAACAAGUUAUCUGCUGUAUUGACUUUCCAGGACUCUGUAUGUGUAAAUAGAGCCUAUUUAUUAGUGAGCUGCAACUAACAUUAACAAGAGCCUGUCAUAUCACAGUUUGACAAGUGAGACUUCCUAUUAAUAACCUUGGUUUAUAUUGAAAAUAGGUAUUUUUCUGGCGUAACUAGCACUGAAAAAUGAAAACACUGGAUUUUAUUUGUUGAAAUACCAGAAUUGGAGGUGUAGCUUUCCUUUUUAUUUAAAAACAGAAGGUUUGUAUUUGAAGAAAGAUUUUGAGUUAUUAAAUAUGGGGUACUAAAACCAGGCUGUUGUUUGCACGUUAUACCACUCUCACCUUCUUGUUUAAUAAAUAUAAAACAUCAAGGAGUCUACAGUUCCUCCAUUUUCUUGAGAUGGUGUAACUGCUGAAAUUUUGCUGUAAAAUCAAAUGUUAUCAAAUGUUUAUCUAUUACCUGCUAUCUUUUCUUUACAAAGAUUAGUCUUUUGUAAUAAUUUUUUGGUGCUACCAAAUGCAGGCUAAAGUGAUUGCAGAAUUUUAGUGUGUACGAUGUUAGACACCAAUCAUGUCAACAGUUAGUAGUACCCAAGUGUUUUAGACAGCAGUUUUGAAACAUUGUAGAUUAAGAAAUCAGGGGUUUUUAAGCUACAGCUAAGUUUCUUUUAUGGUUUUUCUGUUGUGUUCCCUCACCCCCAGACAGUUGCUCUACAAAAUGGAAAAUAUUACACAAAAGGGGUAUUUUAAAAUCAAAUCUUUUUCAACUGUGGAACUUCUUUUUAAACCUUUUUUUUUUUUUUUUUUCUUGGAAUGUAAAAAAUAGUUCUAAUGGGAUAUGGGGAAAAGGUGGAUGGCAACAAACAUACAGUGGCAGGUUUGGUUGCUUCAAUGCUGUUGCAAUAUAGUUACUACAGAUCACAUAAAAAUGGUUUAUUUUAUUAGCUUCCAAAUAAUGUAUAUAUAUAUAUUUGUUAAUGGCUUACAAGUCAAGCUUACUCACUUUGCUUUUUAAGAAAUAGUUAUAGGCAUGUUGUAUUUGCCUUGUGUAAAUUAUAAAAGGCUAUUUAUUAAGUUUUCUGAUAACUAAUCUAUUUAUUAACCUGUAUUGUUUUAAAAUAAAUGAUUUAUUUCUAGCUCAA